AUGCAUGAAAUUACCACGUAAGGUAAUAAGGCCUGUAUUUAAUAUUAUUUUUAAAUCAACACAAAAAUAACAAGCAUUAAAUUAGCUUACAUAAACACUGUUUAUUUAAAAACCACAUAGAAAAAAUAUCUUACUAAUUUUCAAGAAUAAUAUGGAAUAACUACGCAGACUAUAAGGAGCCAAGUAUCUUGGUUGUAGAAAAUAUCUUAAAAUAAGAUGGUACUUGGAGGUGUAGAACAGACAAAUAAUUAAAAAUUCAGUUGUAAACCAAAUCAUAAAAUUAACUAAAACUCUAUUAAAUUAUUAAAAAAUAAAUAAAAUUUAUAAAGACAGAAAGUCAAAUAGUUAGACCCUCACCCCUAUUCUAUUUAUAUUUUUCUUACUUAGAAAACAAGCACACUAUGUUUCUUUUAAUAAUACGUUUAUAUCUUCUAGUUUCUAAUUUUAAUUUUUCAUCUAAAAUGA